UGAGAGGCCCCAAAAAGACCCCGACGAGGCUCCAAGAACAGCCCAAGAGAGCUGCGAGAGCCGUCCCCAACCGUUGAUUUCCCAUGGUUUUUCCUAAUGUUUUCCGUAGCCAUUUUGGCUCAAGAUAAAAGCUGCAAUCAAGACCCCAGUCCUCGUACGCCGAAGGCCCCGCGAGGGCGAUGGGCUGUGCACUGGCUACGCAAAGCGCGCGCGUACCACAUUCUGUAGCGAGAUUAUCAACCAAUUGCGUACCGCCGACCACCCCCGCUGGCCUUGACGGGCAUCGGUACAGGAUCGCCCUCGUCGCACACGACAACAUGAAGCUGCUGAUGCGCAAGUUCAUCCAGGUGCACUUCUCGAUGCUCAACGCCUUCGAAUUCACUGGCACGGGAACAACGUGUUCUAUUAUCAUGGCCGAGGGUCUCGCGUGCUUCAAGCAGCUCGCCAGUGGCCCACUUGGUGGAGAUCAGCAGCUUGGGGCGUUGGUCACGGAAGGUACAGUGCACGCAGUUUUCUUCUUCCGUGACCCCUUAGCCGCGCACGUUCAUGACGCUGGCAUCCAGGCACUCGGCCGCAUAUGCGAUUGCCACCAGUGCUACUUCGCGACAAACUACCGCACAGCCGCCGCCGUCCUGAAGACGAUGUACGACAAUGCAGAGGAGUCGAAAAGCACGGGACGCAGAGUGUCUGUCGACUUGCCUCGCGACACUGGCAGCCUUUCGGAGUUCGUGCAGCACACUUACCUCGAGACUCGCAAUAGCUACCGUACCUGGACGUAGUUUUUCAUAUUGAGUAUUGGCAGUCGUGGCAAACUGGCCGCACUUUGUCCUUGAGCUUGCGCAGCACACUUUUUAUAAUAUUUUUUCCCGAAAAGGGCAUAGGCCCAGAGUUCUCUUUUAGUAGGUUUACCCCCGGUUUUGACGGCUGUAGGGCCGGCGAAUUUCUUUUGCGAUAAAUAACGAGAUCGCGUAGGGCAGGCGAGUUAAAAUUUGAGGAUGUCUCGUGCGAAACGCUUGUU